AUGCUUUCCGCCAAAGGACCCCAAAUGAGAGCGUUUACGCAACGCGUUUGCGCGUUUUCCACUCAGAUUCAAACCGAUUGGCCGUCGGUGAUUUUUGUCGGAAAAGGAGUUACCCCCCGUCAAAAUUCGCUUCUUGGCCCAAAUGAUAGUCAGUACCCGUUCCCAGGCGAUGUUGCCUCGUCGAAAAAGGUAUUGUCGAUAAAUUGUGCGGUCCCAAAAUAUCCGGCCGCCAACGAGAAUAUCGAGGAGAUUCUCGCGCAGACCGAAAAUUCGCUUCUCGGCCUUCUGUCGGCUUCAGCGAUUCAAGCCGAUGCCAAUCAUUUGGCGAAACUCAAGGAAGAAGCUUUCGCCGAGGCUCAAGCCAACGCCGCCGACGUCGAAAUUGAGCUCAGCGCUCUUCCGUGCCCGAGAUUGUUGAAGAGGGAAAUGAAAUAUCUAUUCCCGCAAAUGGACACGUCGAAAAUGGACGUGUCGGUGCUGAAUCUGACGCAGAAGACCGAGCACGACAUGAAGGCGUGGAGCGAGUCGAUGGAGGAGGAACGCGACAAGCUCACCGCUUCGUUUGUGAUGUCGGCGAACGCGAUCUGCACGACGCUUCGACGAUGCGGCUAUUGGGCCGACUUCAUCGAUCCGUCGUCGGGCCGGCCGUUCCUCGAAGCGUACACGAAUCACACGCUGUUCGAGACCCACGACGCCUACAAACAAAUGGGAUUCCGCAUCGAGGACCUCGGCUGCUGCAAAGUGCUUCAACACGCGUGUUGGGGAUCGCACGCGUUCGUUGGGACCAUCUUCACGAACGCGCCGAUCGACUCGACAAUCGUUCAGGACAUGCUCAAAAAGUUGAUGAAGAACGAUGAGGACGAAUCGCGAUGUUUGGAGAUGUUUCGACGAGUUUUGCGAAUGAAGCGAGCGAUUCAGGACCAUCUGCCUCGUGCCACAUUCGACUUUGUGUGCCUAUUUUCGGCGAUUCCGAUGAUCGUCGCCGCCGCCUCGCUUCUUCUCACCGCCGUCGUCAAUUUCGGUGUGGCUCUCAUCGCGCAAACGGCCUCGACGAUUCUCAUCGUGCUCCUCCUCGUGCCGUGUGUUACGGUAUGCGUCGUGGCGGGAGUCGCCGCCGCGUUCGUCGCCGACGUCGUCGGAUUACUGUACCAGCGAUAUCUCGACGCGAAAUCGCUGCCGACGCGCGAAAAAUUGAAAAUCGCUUGA